CCUACAAAACCACUGCAAGCCUUUGAUUUGACCUGAAAAAGAAGCCCCCACAAACACCACUCUACUCCAUUGCACUGUCUCUCUCCAAAGGCAGCUGCGUUGGCUUCCAGCCUUUUGCCUCCUGUAUCCCUCCCUCCCUCCUCUCUAAUGAUAGGUUAGAGAGAGAAGGCUAGCUCCAGGUACCCUCCUCAUUUCCCUCUUCCUCCCAAAGCCCUUUUCCUCUUUCUCUCCCCCCAAGAACUUCACCUCAACUCCAAACAAUUCCCUUCUGCGCAGGAGCUCGGGAAAAGUGGGCUGAGAGCUCGAUCGCUGCACCACUACAUCACUGGAGAUCCGCCCACUCUCAUGGAGGAGAUCACCCAUCACUUUGGAGUUGGCGCAAGCGGCCACGGCCAGCAGCACCACCACCACCACCCAUGGGGUUCUUCGCUUAGCGCCGUCGUUGCGCCGCCGCCGCAGCCACCUCCGAGCGCCGGCCUGCCGCUCACCCUGAACACGGUUGCCUCUGGGAACAGAGGCGCCAACGGCGACGGCGGCAACCCAGUGCUGCAGCUGGCCAACGGCGGUAGCCUACUCGACGCUUGCGUCAAGGCGAAGGAGCCCUCCUCGUCGUCCUACGGCGCCGAUGUCGAGGCCAUCAAGGCCAAGAUCAUCUCCCACCCGCACUACUACUCGCUCCUCGCCGCCUACCUCGAGUGCCAGAAGGUGGGGGCGCCACCGGAGGUGUUGGGGAGGCUGACGGCUAUGGCGCAGGAGCUGGAGGCACGGCAGCGCACGGCGCUCGGCGGCCUUGGCGCAGCGACGGAGCCGGAGCUGGACCAGUUCAUGGAGGCGUACCAUGAGAUGCUGGUGAAGUUCAGGGAGGAGUUGACGAGGCCGCUGCAGGAGGCGAUGGAGUUCAUGAGGAGAGUGGAGUCGCAGCUCAACUCGCUGUCCAUCUCCGGCAGGUCGCUGCGCAAUAUCCUUUCGUCUGGCUCUUCCGAGGAGGACCAAGAAGGUAGUGGAGGAGAGGCAGAGCUCCCUGAAGUUGAUGCGCAUGGUGUAGACCAGGAGCUCAAGCACCAUCUCCUGAAGAAGUACAGUGGCUACCUGAGCUCCCUCAAGCAAGAACUGUCAAAGAAGAAGAAGAAAGGGAAGCUCCCUAAGGAUGCUCGCCAGCAGCUCCUUAGCUGGUGGGAUCUGCACUACAAAUGGCCUUACCCCUCGGAGACUCAGAAGGUAGCCUUGGCGGAGUCGACCGGCCUUGACUUGAAGCAGAUCAAUAACUGGUUCAUCAACCAGAGGAAGCGGCACUGGAAGCCGUCGGAGGAGAUGCACCACCUGAUGAUGGACGGGUACCAUACAACGAACGCCUUCUACAUGGACGGCCAUUUCAUCAACGAUGGCGGGCUGUAUCGGCUCGGGUAGCUUUCCAUCACUUUCAUUUCCCACCACGACCUACCUAAAGACAAUGGUUGCAAGUGUCUUCCGUGUCUGAAGAACUGAAGACUUGGAUAGCUAUAUCAAGUGUAGUGUGCCGAAUGCAUGCGCCUUAAGGAGGCCAUGCCUAAUUAUUUUGUUGCUGUUGCCAGUUGCCACGCUAUGUAUGACUAUGCCUGUGCAUGAACUUGCUUUAGGUGCUGCUCCACAAUGUAGUGUGCAGCUUGUGUGUGGUUGUAUGAGUGACCUGACACAGAUGGAUCGCUGGUUGCCACAUGCUUGAAUAAUUUGCAUGAUCUAGCUAGUUUCUGUCUAA